GUUCGGUGAAAAGCCUUCUAAAUUUUUAGCCGUUGUUAUCACACUAUCAUUAAAUUAUGAUUUCUAAAAGGAUUUAAUGGAAGAUAGGAUUGAAUGGGUAGAAAUAAUAGAGCCCAAAAGCAACAAUUUCAUUUACGCUAACCUGACCACCGGCCAAUGCCUUUGGAAAUUGCCCGAUGGCGCCAAACUCAAAAAAGCCGAUGACAAUCAAUGGUGGGAAUUGUGGGAUCCUCAAACUUCCAGAUUCUAUUAUUACAACGCCUCGACCCAAAAGACGAUCUGGCUCCGGCCCGAUGACUGCGACAUUAUCCCUUUGUCUAAACUUCAGGCAGUGAAGCAAAAUACAGAAUUAGCGGAAACGGCUCUUUCGCAUCUUAACGGUCUUUCUCCUCAAAAUAAUUCAAAGUCCCAUCACGCGAAUAAUAUUAUGUGUAUUAAAGAUGCUAACAGGGAUUCGCCCCAAUUGCCUUGCCCUAAUAAUUUCCUUCUAAAAAAUUACAACGGUGCAAGCCUCAAAAAAAGCGACGCUGCUACGCAAACUACUAAAAGCGCCCUACUCACUGCCACCAUACAUUCCAUGACGGAUAAGAUGGUUGUUCAGUGUCGUUCGGUCAAUAAAAUUUCCUGCACCGGUGGCAACUUAGAUGAUCGAAUAAUUGAACCCAAGAUAUCGCCAGACCUCAAUGGAGAAGCUAAAAGGGAUCGAGGAAAAAUAGUACACUCUAGGGUAUCGCAGCUAGUUCGAGCAAAUACCCUAGCAGAUAACGAACCACUCAUUUUCAAAAAGAUUUCCUUGGGCGGUGGCGUGUCUUUGGGACUUGAUAGGGUAACUGCCAGCGGUGUCACGAUUUAUCCUUUCUCAACUCGGAGCUCUUCGUUUCAAGUCACCAGCUCCUCCCCUAUCAGUGCCGAAAAAAACCUCGAAAGCCUGCCUGUUUUAGACAAAAUCCUCAGCAUUGAAAAGGAAAGCUUAGGUCCAACCUCCGGUGCAUCGUUUAAAUGUAAUGGUGCUACACCCAGAGCGACAAUUAAUUAUCACCCGAAUUCCAGGUGGAACCUAAAUAGGAAUUCCGACUUCGUCGAUAAAAUUCGUCCCGGUAUGAUCAAUAAUCACGAACCCAUUAAUGACAAAUCUAAUGACGACUUUAAUUCAUCUAACGCUCUUUCAAGUAAGAAUCCAAAUUUAACCGCAAAAAUUACCGCUAAAACUCAACCCGCAGGCGAGAAACAUCCUUCUUUUGUUAAUGUUAGAACCCGAAUCACACGCCAUAAUAAUAGCAAUUUAGACGCAGAAUGUGAUGAUGAUACCACGAAAAGCCUCCUCAACAACGAUUAUAAAGAUGACAAACAUAUCGCAACGGAUAAUAUCAUGAAUCAAAGCAUUAUCAAAGUCGAAAUGGACCCCUCGAAUUCGGACAAAAUAGGAAAUAUAGGAGUCAUCGAUGGAAAAUUUAGCGCGUUAAAGCAUUCUAACAAACAAAGUCCCAACGCAAAUGAGCCCGAUUAUUCGAGUCGCCUUCAUAGCGAUCCAAAAUUAAUUGGCGGAAAAUACAAAGCAUCCAAGAUCCUCCGCUCAGAUUCGGAUGCCUUUCACGCACGUUCUAGUUACCAUAGCAAGAUCGACGCCCUUAAAAAAAAACCUCCGAUAGGAUCCAUAUCCAAUAUCUUGAAUUCUAGUGGUAUGAGCAAACCGAUAUCUCAAACCGUAGAUCAAAGUCAAUCAAUAGCUACUCAAGCUAACCAAUCCACCCAUGCCCACUAUCACUUGGAUAAUUGCGAUAAGCCUAAACGAGUAGACAUACCUCGAACCAAAGAAAAUGGCACUAAUAAUCGCCAGCUAAGGAAAAGCGGGAGCUUUAACUCUCUAUUCGAUCCUCCUCACCUCCUUAUUUCCAGUUAUGCCAUUAACGAUGGAACCUCCCCGGUUAUGACUACCUCCAUUUUAACUUCAUUCGAAUCGAAUACUUAUUUAGACCAGUCAAAAUCCGAAAUAGAAGGAAAAAAUAACUAUAUUUACGGUAUCAAUGACGCCGAUGUCCUCAAAAAAACUCUGACCAAUACGUCUUUGCUUCAAGCCAUGCCAUCGGAACUCAGGAUGCUGGGCAGCUAUAGGGUCAUCAAUGACAAAAAACUCAAUCUUAGUGGUGAACGAGGAGAAAGGAACAUUGAUUUUGACCCCGAGCACCCGGGCGGGGAAGAAUUCAAGGGAAGAAUCAAAGAAGGUCUCAGACUCUAUUUGCAUCAAAGUAAACCUGACCAACCAGCUGUGUUGAGAUUCAAGUUGCCCUCCUCACAUGCCAUGGCCCCUAUCAAAGAAAUGGACUAUAAUUUAGAUAUUCAUCGUAAAGAUCAAGCCAUUGCAUCAACUCCGUUCCCCGCGAGUUUGCAGGAUUUAAAUCCAUCUACGGAAUCUAAAGAUACUAUCCCUAAGUCCUUACCAGCCAUAAUCAACGCUUCACCUUACGUUAAUAGGAAGAGAAUAAUUAAAUCCGCCUCUAUUAUCCCAUCCAAAUAUUUAGACUCCUCAUUCAUUGCCAGCGAACCAUUUCUAGAUCCUAAAACUACCGCCUUCGAAACCCCAGAACAUAAAAAUAGUAGUCAUUCGAAAAACAACGACUGCAAGAAAAACGUUGUUGAAACACAAUUUCAAACCCGCGAGUGCGAUAUUCGAAAUUAUAAAUUAAACAAGGAAAAUUUUAUGAGCAAAUCUAAGCAAUUCAAAUUUCAAAGCCUUAACCAACACGAUAAUCUUAGUCAACUUUCUAACACCGAAAAAAUUGACAAACCCCUUUCGAAACUCAAUCUCAAGCAUUCGAAUACAUAUUUAUUAGACAAAACUAACCCAGAAACCAGUAAACAUCACACUUCCCACAGAGCUAAUAUCCCAACUCCUUCUGAUCCCCAAUGCGACCGUUUCUCGGUUAAGGACGUUGAUAUUGAACUCAAAAAGGUUUCGGUUGCUAGUUUAAAAAAAGAAAAGAGAUCAGAUCAACAAUUUUACCCUAAUGAUACACGCCUCUCUGCCGCACAUCUCCCCUCGGCAUUCAUAAUCAAUCCCCCCACUUCUUUGACUCCCAUUGGCGAGAGCAAAUCGCAGCUACAACAAAUGGCGCUAUCUACUUCCUUAAAUAAUGGCAACGACAACUCCUCUACUUCAUCCUCGAAUCCUUCCUCGAUAUCAUCUUCCUCAAAAUCAGAUGAUUCCCAAACAAAUUCCAAGACAAAUUCUAAAACCCCAUCCCCUUGUCUCUCCCACCCAUCAACGUCAUUUGGCGAUCGUAUAGCAUUUAUAGAUAGUGAGCCCGUCUCAACCGGAGAUAGCAAUCUAUUCCACUUCAAAAUUGAGAAUGAGAGAAAGAGCCAAGUGAAUGAACUCCAAUCUACGAACGAGGAAAGUAAUCCCAAUAGGAAGGAAAUCCCUCACCACAAAUUGGACCAACAAUAUGAUAAAUUUGAUUCAGCAGUUGAGAACAUCAAAUGUCUGCAUGGGAGGAGAGACAGGUUCUUAGGACCCGAUCCUAUCGAAAAUCAUAGUGUCGUUAGUCUGAAUAAAACUAAUGUCGGUGAAUCGGUAGUGUUUUCUUGCCGACCCAGGUACCCUAAAUUAGGGGUAGCGGCUCUUUUGAAGUACAGACACCAUCGUUCUAACGCGACAUACAACUUAGUGCAGCCACCCAUGAAUUGCGGACACAACUUCUAUGGUUCAAACUUAGUAAAUGGCGCGAUGAGAUCACCUCUUAUCACCCGUGAUGAAGCCUACCACCAUAUAUAUGAUAAAGUAUCCACUUCAAGCACUGCCAGAUACUACAAUAACGGAAAUUACUUCAUGACGAGCAAUAACGAGUCCUCAUUCUCCUCGUCCGAUUGCGGUUCGCAAAUCGAUGUCGAUAAUUAUAAUCGCGUCAAUCACAUCAAUCAAUAUCCCCCGCAUCAGAAUAGCAACGACGGUUCUGCCCUAUAUCACCAUCCUUCGCCCGAUUCACAGAACUAUCGAAAUUACUACGGUCACCUCGAAUCUAUUCCUUUUGGCGAUGAACACCCCAGAGAGAAAAACAAAUUUACCGUCACUGCCAAAUGGAACAGUACCGACGCGCUUGCCGUUACCGUUAACCAGAUCGAGAAAAGUAAUCGAAAUGCAUUGUACGUGAAAUGUGGAGGGCUUGGAAUGGGUGGCACAGUAUUUGAAUCAAAAAAUUUGGUAGAUCACGCUAGUGUUUAUGUUGCAGCUGGCAAUUCAGUUAGCUCUUUUAGAACUGCACUGCCAGCAAAACACCGUGACCAAACGAUACUCCCCAUUGAUGACGAUGCCAAACGUACAAAGUUCGAAUGCGAUAACGUCAAAGCUAACAGAAAUCUCCCUCUAAAAUUAAAUUCGAGCCACAAGCUUAUAAACGAUUUAAACGACCCAAACAAUUUCGAUUCCAUUGGCCGAAUUAGCAGACUACUAAUCUCACCCGUUAAUCAUAACUCUUCUAUCAACGAUUCCCAAAAUUGGAAUUACCACAGGAAAAAUAUAUCCCAAAACAAUAUGGUUAAUAAUAUGCAUUACAACUACCCCGCCGCCAGUAGACCUCUUUCCCUUCUCAUGUCAUCGCUCACGCACUACGCUACUUUAAACGAUGUUAGCGAUCAUAGAUUCGCACGCCAUAAUAAUCACAAAACUUGCCCACUUAAUAAUAGUUUCGGCAACAAUAGAAAUCGAAAUUUCAGUGGACAAAUUUUAAUGACCCCUACUUCCCCACUAUUAACCUGUUCUCCUAAUCAUUUGGGUGAAGUUUCACUUCCCAAUCACUAUAACGAAGUUUCCUUACCAUCUCCAUCAGUGCUUUCCACCUUUUCCGGUACAACAGCUGACAAUUAUAAUCAAAUCAAUUUAGCAAAAAAUGUGAAAUCCAGGAAUAAAUAUCUGGUAUCCGGACCUGUACCCGAAGAUCACUCAUUUUAUAGGAAUAACGAUCGAAAUAUCAAUCAUCUGAGUUUCGAAACCGCAAACUGUCAGCAGCUAAAGGCAUCUUCCAAUAGUUGCGGGAGCUUUAAUAACGUCAAUCACGGUGAUAGUGCAAUCAAUUAUAAUAGCGGUAAUAACGACGCAUACGGGCCCAAAUUUAAUAUAAAUAGGCACAAGAGGGGACUCUUUAGAAAGAAGUUAUCCAUAGCUAAUAUGCUAUCCUGGAGCAAGGAGGCUAUUCAACAACCAAUGAUCGAAACGGACGAUAAAACCAUAAAGAAAGAAGCUAUAGAGAUAUUCAAAAAAAUCCAAAUGUAUAUGGGUGAUAAAAGAUGCAAGAAGCAAAGUCUGAACUCGCUGGCCCUGGACAUAGUCAAUAAAGGACUCAAUUGCCGUCUUCUGCCAUCCCCUUACCUAGGCAUGGAUACUGUCGCAGAUAUUUCUAGAGUUUCAUUACCAUCUCCCGAGACGCACCACCAACAGAAUCAAAAUACAUUUGGAUAUGACGACCCCAACUCUACAUCAUCCUUAAACGACCAACCCAUAAUCGACGAUGCCGAAUACCAUGUUGAUAGUUACCCUAAAAAGGAGGGAUUCGUCCCCGAUAUUGGAUAUGAUCACGAAGAAUGGAGAAGGCUUAACCCAGAUAACUAUCAUAUCCAACGGUUACCGAAUAACUCUGGUAAUUCGGAUAGCAGUAAUAAAGUGUCAAAUUACCCUCUACUCAAAAAUUCCCCACUGAAACUGCCCGAAAGAUACUACCCGAACAGCUAUCCCACCCUGAAACUUAAUCUGAGAGACGAGAUUCUCAUGCAACUCUGCCGACAAACAACCGAAAACCCCGACCCAUAUUCUUCCCUCGUUAAAGGUUGGGAAUUGAUGGCUCUUUGUCUCACCUUUUUCGGGCCAAGCCCCGGAUUCGAUUCUUACCUUCGUAAUUUUUGCUUGCAACAUUCCGAUCCCGUUUUUGAUCCCUUGGCUUUGACUCGCACUCCCGUUAGCACGUUCGCAGAUCAUUGCCUCAAGUUGUUGGAACGUCGUUGUAGGGAGAGAGACAAGUUGGAAAGCGACGGUUUAGAAGUCAGGAUGACUCGUCCGAUCGCUCACUCCGACCCGGAACGCAUAAAUAAUAUCAGCUUCGAAGAAAAUAACGAUUUCACGAGGAAUUUCAAUGCCAACCAUUCUAAAUUCAAAAAUUCCCGGGCUUUCUCUAACAAAGAAAGUGUUUUGAUGGCCAUGAAAAUAGCCUCUAAUCAAAAUAAGAUACUCACGCUGGACGACAUACAGAAGGCUAAGAUGUCCAUAUUUUUGCCAUCUAUGUUCGGUAAUACACUAGAAGAAAUACUAGAUCUUCAAGUGGAUAAGUGUCCAGAUCUUAAACUGCCAUGGGUUCAAAUUACUCUUUCCACAGAAAUACUUAGACUCAAUGGUCAUCAGUUGGAAGGGAUUUUCAGGAUACCGGGGGACAUUGAUGAAGUGAAUUCGCUCAAAUCCAAAAUGGAUCAAUGGAUAGUACCGCCGCAUGUCACGGAUCCUCACAUUCACGCCUCGCUACUCAAAUUAUGGUACAGAGAGCUCUAUGAACCUUUGAUACCUGCCCAUUUUUACCAAGAAUGCAUAGAAAACAAUUCCGAUCCUCAAAAAGCUAUCGAGAUAACCCAGCGGCUUCCCAGAAUAAAUAAAUCUGUCUUGGCAUAUUUAGUUAAAUUUUUGCAGAUCUUUGCCUCACCCGCCAAUUCUCUUCUCAACAAAAUGGACUCUUCCAACCUUGCCACCGUUAUGGCUCCUAACCUGCUUAAAUGUCCUGCCAGUCAAAUUCACCUUAUCUACCAAAACGCCCGGAAAGAAAUGUCAUACGUCAAAUGCCUUAUCGACCAUUGGAACCUUCCCGACACGGACUUCCUUCAGCUCGACAUAUCCCAAAUCAAUGGAAUCCAUGAGGACUAUUUGAUGGGAAAAGGUGAAAAUGGAUCUGGCGGAAAUAUGGGAAAUUGUGAGGAUCAGUUUAGCGAAACUGGUAACUUCGUAAUUAAUGGGAAAAACACUGGGGCACCGAUAGAUAGCCGAUCUUUAGAAUACGAUCAUUAUUUUUGAUUUUUUUUCAAGAAGUGCUGACUGUCAAGAUUUCAAUGAAAAUUUUAAUAUUCUCUAGAUGAUGGAUAUAUUGUAUUAUACAUUGAAAUCCCCCCUCCCAUAUAAUAUAACAGAAAUGAUAAAAUCGUAUAUAUAACAUAUACUGUAUCUUAUUUUCUGGCUUAAUUCUCGCUGAAAUCAUGUAUUUAAAUUC